UAUAAAAAUGUGGUGCCACUCUUCCAGUUCUUUACUUCACAUCUCAUUUACAGAAAGCUUCAGGAGACAACAUGGAGUCUGUGCUUUGCUAUUUACUCUUUUUUGUGAUGACUGGCAUUUGUCCUCUUGUGACUGGUACGCCAUCUCAUUUUAAGUGCUCAGAUAUAAACAUAAACAUCACUGGAGGCACCUUCACUCUCUCUAACAAUUAUGAUGAAGAUAGCAUCCUGAGGUACCGUUGUCCACAGGGUUAUUAUCCAUAUCCUGUAAAAAUGCGGCAGUGUUCCAGAGGCAAGUGGGAUCCUGUGCCCACCAGGAGACAGCGAGAGUGCAGGAAGGUUACAUGUCCUAAUCCAAAUGUUCUGGACAAUGGAGUCGUGGAGCCCUAUAAGCCGCUGUACUAUGUGAAUGACACGACUACCUACAGGUGUCAUUCUGAUUACACAUUCCGGGGGUCCCCCACACGUGUGUGCCAGCUCAACGGCAAAUGGAGCGGCAGCACGCCGAUCUGUAGCCGUGACUCUGAUCACUGCCCUGAUCCCGGAACGCCCCCUGGUGGCAGCAGAACAGGGCACAUUUUCAAUAUUGAUGACAAAGUGACCUACCGCUGUGAUAAUAAGCUGAAACUGCUGGGCUCCAAAGUGCGUGUGUGUCAGGAUGGUGGCCAGUGGUCAGGACGAGAGCCAGAGUGCUACGCUGAUUUCACAUACGACACUCCAGCAGAAGUAGCGGAGGCUUUCGGCAGCACUCUAAAGACUACUCUGACCAUACAUGAGGAAAAAGAUCAACAAGGGAAGAAAAUCACAUUGGACCGGAAAGGAAAGCUCAACAUCUACAUUGCUCUGGAUGCAUCUGACAGCAUAGAAGAAGAAGACUUUGAACGAGCAAAGGCGGUCAUUAUAAAGCUCAUUGAAAAGAUCAGCUACUAUGAGGUCUCUCCAAAUUAUGAGAUCAUCAUUUUUGCCACAGAGGUGACAAGAAUAGUUAGCAUCGCAGAUUUCAAAAGGGAGGAUGAAAAAAAAUUGUAUAAAAUUAUUAAGACGCUGAAGGAUUAUAAAUAUGAUGAUAAAGGACAGAAAACAGGGACCAAUAUUGCCAAAGCCUUCAAAGUUAUUGCGGAUAGUGUGAGUUUUGAGAAGACCGGCAAUAAAACAGCCUUCACUGAAACUCGUCAUGUCAUCAUCAUGUUCACUGAUGGUAUAUACAAUAUGGGAGGAACCCCCGUAUACAAUAUUGAAGAAAUCAAGCAACUUGUGUACAAUGGAGAUGAAGUGAAACGGGAUCAAUAUCUUGAUAUAUAUGUGUUUGGAGUGGGUGAAGAUGUAGAGAAGGAGAAUAUCGAUUUAUGGGUGACAAACAGACGAGAUGAAAAGCAUUUCUUCAUACUCCCAGACAUGAAAAAUGUGCAAGAAACGUUUGAUGAGAUGAUUGAUGAAAGCACUAGUGUGGGUCUGUGUGGACUCCACAGAAGCCACAGUCCUGAUGAACAAAACGAUGAAAUCAGACGCUUCAGCUAUCCCUGGAUGAUCAGUUUUUUGGUGACUCGCGAUGAUGGCCAAACAUCAAACUGCUUAGGAUCGCUUGUCACUCCUUCAUUUAUUCUAACUGCGGCCCACUGCUUCAAGUUGCUUGAAGAUGUUCCUGAUCAAAUCUCAUUCCAUAUACCAAGUGGCACAAAUACGCAGCCACUAAAGGCAAAGGACUUCAAGAUUCAUCCACAAUACAAACCCAGAGGUAAAGUGUCAGAAGGAAUUUCGGAGUAUUAUGAAUAUGAUGUGGCUCUCAUAGAACUGGAAAAGGAGAUAGAAGCUGAUGCCAGUCUCAGACCCAUUUGCAUUCCCUGCACCAAGGAGACGAGUGGGGCUCUAAGACUGACUGGCAGUGAUGUGACAUGCGCAAAACACAAGGAAGAGCUUUUGAAAGGUGACCUUGUUAAAGCUUUCUUUAUGUCAUCUAAACGAAAACAAGACAUUUUUCCAAAGAAUCCUAUCCAGAUCAAACUGGGGCAUAAGAGGGAUGCAUGUAUUGAAGAUGCCAAAAAGGCAUUAAACAUCUCAGAUGAAAAAGCAAAGCUGCUUAUUACAGACAAUUUCUUAUGCACCGGUGGAGAGGAACAAAAUCAUGUUGAUGAAGUUUCUUGCAAAGGUGACUCUGGUGGGGCUACAUUCGUGCAGGACCAGGUUCGGGCAUUCCAGGUUGGAGUUGUCAGCUGGGGUCUGAAAGAUCUGUGCACAGGCAGCGACAAUUACGGUGAACUUGCAACAGCCAGAGACUUCCACAUAGACCUCUUCAAUCCAGGGGUGCAGGAUUUUCUUAAGUUGUACCUGGGUAAUGAAACAAGAGGGACUCCUCUGACAUUUUUGGAAAGAUAAAAGCUGAGGUCCACCCUUGUCAUUUGACCUAUUUUCUUUAUACCUUUUCACCAGAAAUUUAUCACUGUAACUUUUGAACAUUUUCUGUGAUUUUUACAAAUAAUAAUGGACAAAGUUACAGUCUAAAACAGCAGAUACAGAAAAGGCCUGUAUUGUUUUAGGACAUGCUUUAUUCAGUCAGUUGGACAUUCUAUAUUUGCUAUUUUACAGAAAGCAGGUUUCCUGUAAGAAUGUAAGGAGAGGAUACGAGUGUGUAUGAGUGAGUGAGUGUACCACAGCUGCAGGAUUGUUCAGAUUGCUUAUUUAGGAGCUGUAAAAGCAGAAAGCAGUAGAGUUAUCAUUUUAUUGGCACAGGCAUAGAUUGGGAACAUAUUCUACCCUCAUCAAAUCUGAUACAGAUUUGUUAACUAUUUACCUUUUGAACAUUUUUUGGACACUGUGACAAAAUAAAGCUUUCUGAAUGUUGA